AUGCCCCCACGUCCGACGAGGCCGAUGGGAAAAAAGAACCCCAAGCCAGCGCGUCCCAGGCAACUUGCGCCUCGUGAUGUUUACAUCAGGGCGUGUGCAGAGGCAGGCCUCAAUCCGAAUAGCGGCGUGCUCGAUAUUCUCUCCGCCAACCAAGGGCCGGCAGGCAUUGAGUGCAUAGAUGUCAGCCGCAACUACUUGGGUGACAAAGGUGUCCUGCCGCUACUGGCCGUUGUCGAUCGAUGCCCGAAUCUGCUGGAGAUCGACCUCUCUGAAAAUGGCCUGCGCAACAAUGCUAUCCGUGCGCUUUGCUCAUCUGCUGUGAAGCACCCGUCGCUGCAGCGCAUCAAUGUCUCGGACAAUUACAUAAGUGAGGGUGCUGCUGUGCAGCUUCAACAGCUUCUCGCGGACAGUCCAAGGGUGUGUUGGCUUGGGAUAGACAACACCAAGAUAGAUGUUGAAUGGCGUGUGAAGUUGCGUGACCUUGUUCGUGCGAACGCAGCUUCAAUGAUGCAGCGAGAUGUAAUUGAACAACCUCAGUGA